UAUCAUCUGUAAAUGGUUUAUAAGUACAUUCAGUAAACGGUAAUGCAGGUUUAAGCUUUGAAUAACACAUGAAUUCAUGUUAUCUAAAAGGGGAUGAUCAACAGGACCCACAAUGGAAAUGUUCUUGUCUUAAAUGGGUGACCAAAGGAAAAACACCCCAAAAAUAGUUUCCAUCUCUGAUUCUAUCAUAGUUAAUAUAAUCCACGAACCCUGACUCAGCUUCCCAUUUACAGUAAACACACACACACACACGCACACGCACACACACGCACGCACACACACACACACACACACACACACUAUUUGACAGGAUGUCAUCUUGUUUGAUUUCUACACCUAAGUGACAGCUGUUUUCUCGCAUGGAUAAUGCCACAUCUUCCAUUUUAAACAGACGUUUCAUUGCGAGUUAAUCCACUGCAACCAAACGGGGCCCUAUGUGUAAUGGAUUGAGAGUAACAAAUGGGUGUAACAGAGUGGGAGAGCGGGAGGACUGGGCCACCGGAGCAGACCCGGCCUUAUGGCCAUGCUAUAUAAGACCCCCACAGCCAGUCAGAUCACCAAGAUACAUCCACAAGGAACCAGGACUGAAGCAGAGGAUCUCACUCUCUCUCAGACACACAUUUCAUCUCAUCUACCCGCACGUUAACAGGAGCAGGUCACAAUGUUUGGCAUCCACUCCCUCGCUGGUGUUCUCCUCCUGGUCAUCGUACAGAGCAGUUGGCAAGUCCCUCUACAAGAGGCUGAGGACAACUCAAGCUUAGAGACAGCAGACCCACUAUUGGAGGAUUUGGUGGGCGUGCCUAACGUGAAGAGACAUUCCGAGGGAACCUUCUCUAACGACUACAGUAAAUACCAGGAAGAAAGGAUGGCUCAGGACUUUGUUCAAUGGCUUAUGAACUCCAAGAGGAGUGGUGCUCCAUCCAAACGCCAUGCCGAUGGGACCUACACCAGCGACGUGAGCACCUACCUACAGGACCAGGCGGCCAAGGACUUUGUUUCCUGGCUCAAAUCAGGACGGGCCAGACGAGAAUCUGCAGAGGAGAGCAGGAAUGGUCCAAUGAGCAGAAGACAUGUAGAUGGGAGCUUCACCAGUGACGUGAACAAGGUCCUAGACAGCUUGGCUGCCAAAGAGUAUUUACUCUGGGUCAUGACCUCCAAAACCUCAGGGAAAAGUAACAAACGUCAAGAAGAUCAUUGAAAGAAGACAAACGCUUCCUUGUUCAAGAGAAACUUGGAUACUGUGCUACAAAUGAUGAGCCUUGACAAAAACUAAAAGCCAUACUAAAAAGCCAUACUGCUUAGCAUUGUUGUGAUGUUGAUACAAUGUUGGAAGUACUUAGAUUGUUUACUCUACAUUAUGUGAUGAAAAAACAGAUAAUGUAUUCUUCCUUAACUUUGUGGUGCACAAUGCAUCAGGUCAGUUGUCAAAUUAUACAAAUAUUUUUCCAUAAAUUAACAUUAUUUUCUAUAUUUGUAAUGUUGAAAGAAAGGGAACAUGGUAAAAACUCAGAUAUAAUGUGCAAAACUAUCUGGUAACAUUUGUGUGAAUUUGUUUUUUUAUCCCAUAUGUAUCAAAACCUGCUCUGCAAAAUUAAACUCUUUCAUUGUG